CGCCGGCGCGCAGGCAGCCGCGGCGCAAGCCCGCGCACGAGGGGCUGCCAUAGCCCACGGACGCCGACGCGGCCUGGGGCCCACGCGGCCGCCGCGCUGAGCUCGCUGCCCGCGGCCACGCCCGAGCGCCACCCGUUCCUGGUCACAGAGACGCCUUCGCCCAAGCAGCACUACCACCACCACUUCUCGCAACCGCCGAGGGGCACUGACAAUGCGUUCGUGAGCGCGUUCCACCGGGCGUACAACGAGUACAGCGAGCACGAGGCCUCCACGAGCCACCAGCCCUGGGGCGCAGCUGCGUUCGAUGGCACGGGAGGCGUGUACUACUACACGCCAGCGUGACCUCCCGCAGGGCUUGGCCGCCGCCGGCGGAGGAAGAGGCCCAGCGUGGCAUCUGCACAGGGUUGUCGAGCGGGUGGUGGUAAUAUGGAGGGU